UAUAAGAACCAGCUUCACUCUCAGAAGGCUUCACAUUUUAAGCCAUACAUAUCAACAAGUCAAGAAAAGAAAGAAGAAAAAAGAUGGGGAUUUACUUUCAUAUCCUGUGGUUAAUGAUAAUGAAUGUUUGGGCAGUGAAGCCAACUCCAAACACACUAAAUGAGACUUGCUUUGAUGGCACUGCCACAUUCAUGUUGAGCUUCGGUUUGUACCGGGACAGCUGCCCGGAGGCAGAGGCCAUCGUGUACUCUUGGGUCGAGAGGGCGGUUUACGACGACCCAAGAAUGGCUGCCUCUUUGCUCCGUCUUCAUUUCCAUGACUGCUUUGUCAAUGGGUGUGAUGCAUCGGUGCUGCUGGAUGACACGCCGAACAUGGUGGGGGAGAAAACCGCGGGACCGAACUUGAACUCUUUGAGGGGGUUUGAGUUGAUAGAUUCAAUCAAGACUGAUCUCGAGUCUGUAUGUCCUCAAACAGUUUCUUGUGCUGAUCUUCUUGCCAUUUCUGCCCGUGAUGCUGUCCUUCUGGCUGGCGGUCCAGCUUGGGAAGUGGAAAUGGGAAGGAAAGAUAGCAUUAGUGCCAGCCAAACAGGAGCUAACAACAACAUUCCUGGACCCAAUUCUGAUGUUCCAACCUUAGUGUCCAAGUUCCAAAACCUUGGCCUCUCCCUACUAGACAUGGUUACUCUGUCUGGGGCACAUACACUAGGGAAGGCGAGGUGCUUCACAUUCAACUCCAGGUUCAACACUGGUGGCGGCACACCUGAUGUCAAUGUCGAGUUUCUUCAGUCACUCCAACAGCUAUGCUCAGCGCAAGACGUCAACGCCACACUGGCAGAUCUCGAUGCCAUGACUCCAGCAACGUUUGACAACCAGUACUACGUUAACCUGCUUUCCGGUACAGGCUUGCUGACAUCGGACCAGGUGCUGGUCAACAGCGACGAUGAAACACGUGGCAUAGUUGAGUCAUACAUAGAUGAUCCGAAUCUGUUCUUUGAGAACUUUAAGAGCUCAAUGGUGAAGAUGGGAAGGCUGGCACCGGCCCAAGGAGGAGGUGGUGAGAUACGUAGGAACUGUAGAGUUGUUAACUGAUUACUAAGAGUAAAUUGUUGACUAGAAACUAGUUUGUUGUAUGCAUGCAUGGCUGUAUCAGUGUGAAGGUCUUAUCUAGCGGAGUAUCAUAAUUACCAUUAUAAUUAUAAUAACCCAAGAAUAAACUUAUUGCAUCAACUGUGGACAAAAUUUUGUUUCCUUCCCCACUACAAUUCAGGUUAAGAUUCCA